AUGCCUUAUGCGCUUGAACUUUUCGCGGUGUCAGCCGGGACGAUCACGCAGAAGGGGGAGCAAUGUCAUUCUCAGGAGGGAUUCAAGAUGUAUCGAUCAAAGCCUGAAGACGACGAGGACGAUUACACCGCCGAAGAGGUCGCAAAACACAAGAAAUUCAUACACACCUUGCUCACGACCAAGAAAGUGAACUUCAUGGACUUUCCCCCAGACGUCAGAAACCGCGUCUACGAGUAUGCUCUGGAACAGGCACUCUCAGAACCUAUCAUUGUUCGACUUGACAAGGACAAGAACUUCGAUAAACCACGCGCCAUCACCAAACUGAACUUGAACCUCAUGAGAGCCAGCAAACAGGUUCAUGACGAGGUUGAAGACAUGAUCUUCUCCAGAGUAUUCAAGUUUGCGAACCUCGACAUCAUGCUGGCCUUCCUGGUUCAAUCAGCCACAGCUCGUCAGCAACUCCGCCACGUUGACAUCCAGCUCGAGUCUGGACCCUUUGACCUUAACUUCUUCGCCCUACUGGCUCUUUCCAAUCUAAAUCUACACACCUUGACUCUUCGUUGCCAUGCAGUUCAGGGCCCCGAGGAAGACUGGAUCAAGUCCUUGGAGAUGAACGUCCUCCUGGAAACUCGCGGCGUGGGUAGAGUUACUCUUGCUCCCGUUGAUCCACUCCAUCACCUCGACAUUGGCUCUCUCACCGGCGACAGCGAGCUCGGCAAGAAGCUCAUCACCCUACUCCAGCGUCCAGCACACACAUCCCGCCGGGACCCGGCUCUCGCCCCCAUCAUGCCGGAUGUCAUCGAACAGCCGUCGUACCCCUGCCUAGGCUACUCGGUGACUGACUUCGAGGAUCUGGAGGACGACGAGCCUUCUGACCUGGUCAUCCUGGACCCUCUCUGUAUUUCCCAGGAGGCUCUCUGGUGGUGCGACUGCAUUGCUAACAAGCUAAAAUCGGAAUGGACUCCUGACGAAAAGGAACUCCACUGGAGUCAGCUCGGUGAGCACGAAUUGCACUUUGCCGACCGACAAUGUUUAACAUAUGCUUCAGCAGAGAACGACCCAUUGCCAGCCCCCUGA